AAAGCGGGGGUCUGUUGUGGUGGUCGAGCCUUUUUCUCUCUCAUGACUACUCCUCUUCAGGACACACGUAGCUAGUUUCAACAGAAAGCAAAGUCAAGGCAGCUUACAGCGAAACUUUUUUAUUAACUCGUUUGAUUUUAAUCUUUUUAUUUUAAAAGACUCGGCGCGUUUUUAAAUGCAACGCUGCUUGAUAUAUGAGAAGACGAUGGCAGCCGAGACGAGGAACGGCGGGAGUUCGCUGAACAACAACAACAACUGCAAAGACCACCGCAGGAGGAAGCUGCUGGUCGGCGUGGACCUCUUCUGCCUGUUCCUAGCCGGCCUGCCUUUCUUGGUCAUUGAGACCAGCGCUGUUCAGCCUUACCGUAGAGGCUUUUACUGCGACGAUGAGUCCAUCAAGUACCCGGCCAAAAAGGGAGACACCAUUAGCGACGGUGUGCUUAGCGCUGCUGGCAUUCUUAUCACCAUCCUCUCUAUCAUCAUUGGAGAAAGCUACAGGAUCUACUUUCUGAACGAGGGAUCGAAGUCUUUUGUAGGGAACCCCUACAUCUCUGCUCUCUACAAGCAGGUCGGCGUGUUCAUCUUCGGCUGUGCCAUCAGUCAGUCCUUCACUGACAUUGCCAAAGUGUCAGUGGGCCGCAUGCGCCCACACUUCCUUGAUGUGUGCAAACCAGACUUCUCCACUAUCAACUGCUCCCUGGGCUAUAUCACUGACUAUCAGUGUCAGGGGCCAGAGAGCAAAGUUCAAGAGGCCAGGAAGUCCUUCUUCUCGGGCCAUGCGUCGUUCUCGAUGUACACCAUGCUUUAUCUGGUGUUUUACCUGCAGUCUCGCUUCACUUGGCAUGGAGCCCGCCUGCUGCGACCUCUGACCCAGUUCACUCUCAUCAUGAUGUCUUUCUACACCGGCUUGUCCCGUGUCUCUGAUCACAAGCACCACCCCACUGAUGUCCUUGUAGGUUUUAUACAAGGAGCCGUCGUGGCCUACUGCAUAGUUUUCUGUGUAUCAGACUUGUUCAAACCCAAAGGCAGGCGUUCAACCCUGCUGCCAACCCCAGUGAAGAAAGAUCUUGUUCCUCCUGCAGACAUCAGAGAGCGAAGCAACCAUCUCAUCAUGGCAUAGAGAAGACUGCAAACUGACUGUAUAUAACCCUGACCUGUGCCAUUCAAAUCACUACUAUAGCCACUGGGCAAUACCGGAUCAGGUAAACCCCGACAAUCUGGUCAAUGCAGGCAGAUAUGGAAUCUUGAACAUGUCAAAGGAACGCGAGUAGGCUACGGAAAAACAGUCCAGCCAGUCGUGCCUUUCUCAAUGGAAAAGAUCCUCUUUUUCCUCAGGCUCACCAGACAUUUUAAUGUGGAAAAUGGAGAGAACCAGGGAUUUCCGUCCCUCUUCUCCUGUUGUGAGAGAGAUCUGCCUUGUAGAUACUCUGAAAAGGCCUUUCCAUGGACCGACGCCUGACAUGAAACAAAACUGAGAAAUGGCAGCAGCCCUGAGCCUCUCCCCUCGGCUGCAUUCAGAAUGGGAGCUACAGUCAUAUUCCUGCCACUCACUCACUGUGUAACUAAUGCAAACAAGUCAUGCAACGAAAACAACAAAUUCCUUGAUUUGAGGAAGGAUUCUGUUUUAGUUUGGUUUUAAUACAAACACAAGCAUCGUACAUGUGUGCGAUUUAUAGCACUAUUUUAGCUCAACUUAGUACUGUUUGUCACCACUUGAAUGAUCCUGAAGUGAAGCUUUUGGAAAGCUUUGUAAGCUUUUGUAAUGUCCAUAAUGUAGGGCACAUGAGUUAUUGUAGGUGGAAAGUACAGUGAAGGUUUAAAUGCUGGACGUGGGCCUCUUUCUGCUGGCUAGGACGAGCCCCCACUGAGCCAUUUAAUGAAAUGACUGUGUUAUAUGAACCAGACGGCUGCUCGCAAGUGUAAGGUCAGAGCGUGCGAGCGCCUGAGUGUUGGGUGUGUCACGUGUGUGUUCGUCUCUGUGUGCGUUUUGCCCUUCUGUGUGUGUGUG